AUGGCGGACACGACAGAACCAGCAAACCCGUCGAGCGAGCCGCCCAAUCCGGUGGGUGAAUUGAACGAUGCGCCUGCUACGGAAACCAGCCAUGUCGACCUGGAGGCAGAUUUCCGGAGUUUGGACACCUCCCUUCCCCCGAUAGAUAAGUCCCUGCCGGCAAUGGACACCACUAUCCCAAGUAUGGACUCGUCACUACCACCGAUGGAUUCCACGAUACCGUCGCUCCCGCCGAUUGACACGUCGUUACCCCCUUUGGACACUACGAUACCGCAUGCGGAUUCACACCUGGAUGACUUGUCUGGGGAUCCGAAUUUUUCGUUCGAUACGAAAGACGACGAACUACCGGGUGCCGAAGGAACUGAGUCCCAUGCAGUAUCCGGCCUUGCUGCCGAUUCGACAGAUUUUAAUAUCACCGACACUUCCUAUCAAUCUCAUUCCAAUGGCACGUAUCCACAACACCACCCGGAGCAGCAGCAGCAGCAGCAGCAGCAGCAGCAGCAGCAGCCGCCAACGCCCCAUAAUCAAACACCGCAGCCGCAGUACCAGCAGCAUGCGCCAUCACAACAAUAUUCCUCUCCCACACCGCAGCCACCCGGGCAGCAACAGGGCCAACCGCAACAUUAUCAGCAGCACAAUCCAGAAAUGUAUCACGCCAGUCCCUCUGCGUCUACGCCUAUGAGUACGCCCGGGAUGCAGACCAUGGAGGGCCAGGCAUCGCACAUCCCACAGGCACCCAUCGGAUCCCCGAUGCCACCGAUGGCGUCGGUGGGACAGUACAUGACAGGAUAUCCGACCAGCGUCGGGCAAAUGGGCAUGAACCAGAGCGCUCAGAUGCGGUAUCAGCUCCCAGGGGAUCCGAACAAGAUGCUGUCGGGCGGGCGACACAAGAAAGAAGUGAAGCGCAGGACGAAAACCGGGUGUCUCACAUGUCGAAAACGACGAAUUAAGUGCGACGAGGGCCAUCCCGUGUGCCGAAACUGCGUGAAGAGUAAACGUGAAUGCUUGGGCUACGAUCCGGUCUUUAAGCCACAGCCUACUCCCUCCGCAAUCCAGCCAGCUCCCAAUCCUCAUCCCUCGCUGGUGGUCAAUCCUCAGGACCCUUCUACCUCAUCCUCGCCUUCCUACCCGGCUGCGCCUCCUGGCUACGUGCCUGCUGUUUCUCAACCUUUUGCUCCUUCCGAGUCGCCCAGCACGUCAACCGAACGCUACGACUACGGCGCGGCCAUCGACCCGUCGUUGGAUGGAAGCAACAACGGCAGCGGCAAUACCAUAAACAACCACCACAACACCACCAGCAACGACUCCGCGAACAUGGCCAGUCUACACAAUGCAACCGAUGGAGGCUUGCAGCCGACGGUCAAUCCGGCAACGACGACCACAGCUUCGGAUCCGACCAGCUUCAGAGUAAAACAAGUUCAGGUCAGCGACCUUCUCGCAUUGCGAGGGAUUCCUCCCCCGCCCCCUCAUCCGAUUACUUCUCUCCCGCAGAGCCGUCUCGACGAAAUCCAGGCGGUGUUCCUGGCCACGUACGCUCCCGCGAUCGACAAGUUCUUCGAGACUCAAUGGUUCCAGGAAAAGGCAUUGAAUCAUCUUCUGGGAAAUGCGCAACUGAUGGCCGAGUACUCGGCACUGAUCGACGCCUUCAAUGACCGCAACCUAAGCGACCCUAAUGUCAUCGCGCGACUGGAGAGUUUCGAAGCGUCUGUGGUAUGGGGCACCAUGACUACUUGUCGACAUGCCAUGAGCGUGUCGAAUGGCAGCAUAGGACAGGACUAUGACCUCUUGGCAGCGUCGAAGCGACUCGAUGUCAUUGAGGCCAUGAUCACAGGAGAGCACCUCGACUCCAACCCUUUGGCGCAGUUCCCGCCCCGGGAGACGCCCGCCAACCCGCCGUCACUCGCCGAUCAACUUGCACAGCGGUCGAUAGAUUUCUGGAGUGCCAUCGGGUAUUUCUUGACGCUUCACGACAACGAGGCUAGCUCAGCCAAGGAAAUCGACGAUACCUUGGCUCGGUGUCGCACGCUUCUGGAUACCUUUGAGAACCGCGACGUCAUCUAUUCGAUUGCCAUUGCACGUCACCUUGGCCAACGUUGGGCCGACUUUCCGCGCAGCUUCCCCCAGCCUAUCACGACCAACGAGAAGGACUCCGGCGCCAAAUUGUAUGUGGCGCAAAAAUUCCUGGAACAAGAAGCAGGCGGCAAAGGAACCACGCAGGUGAUCAAGCGCAUCUGUGGCAUGGUACUCCGGUCCUGGAUCGUUUCACGAGAAUGA